AUGCCGCUGCCGCCACCACCACCACCACCACCACCACCACCUCCAAAAACAAGUGAGACAGAUGAUACUUUUUAUCACAUUUCUAAGUUUGUGAAGUUGAUGCCGACCUUGUUUGAGGGCGGUCUAGAUCCGCUUAUUGCAGAUAGUUUCAUGGAUAGAGUGGAGAAGUAUAUUAAUGCUAUGAAUUUGGCGACGGACAAGUUGAGGAUCACUUUGGCAACUUAUAACUUUGUUGGUGAUGCUAAGAUUUGGUGGAAGACCAUUGCUCACACCCAUAAUCUGGACACAAUGACUUAUACAUUUAAGAAGUUGUACUAUGAGAAGUACUUUCCGGCGCCUAAGCGGAGGGAACUAAAAAAGGAGUUUGAUGGGUUGAAGCAAGGAAACAUGACAAUUACAGAGUAUGAGAAUAAGUUUAUAUCACUUUUGAGUUUUGCACCUGGGAUUGCUAAUGAUGAGGAAGGAAAGAUAGAGAAAUUUAUUGAUGGCCUUAAUCUUACCAUUAGGCCAAUUGUAGCUGCCUUAGAACCGACAGAGUAUGUAAAAGCAAUACGAAAAGGCUUAGUGGUUGAGGCUGAGAACAAAGACAGCAAGGCUAUCAGGGAGUCCUAUAAGCACAACAGGGGUAUGAGUGCUUUCUUCAAGGGACAAUCAAGUAAGAAGCAGAAACAUGAGUAG